GAUGCCGAACACGUAGCUCUACACUGUAACAGCUGCGCGCGCGUGGACACACAUUGAGAGAGAGAGAGAGAGAGAGAGAGAGAGAGGGAGAGACGGAUAGAGAGAGGAAGAAAAGAGAUGCUUUGCGGAUUACUGGGCUCCGGAUAUGGACGUGUUAUUCAUUUAAAGGUGUUUUUUUUCUUCCCUCACUCAAAUUGUCGUUGUGGAGUUUUUUCCCGGCUCUCGUGAUGCUCCUGGCUUCAUGAGCAUGGAUUAUUUGGUGUUUUUGUGCAGCGUUUUGCUGCCCGUAAUAUCUGCUGUUGAAGAGACACUUAUGGACAGCAAGUGGGCCACAACCGAGCUAGCAUGGACCACCUAUCCAGAAAGCGGGUGGGAAGAGGUCAGCGGCUACGAUGACUCCAUGAACCCCAUCAGGACGUACCAGGUGUGUAACGUCCUGGAGCCCAACCAGAACAACUGGCUCCGGACAGAUUACAUCCCACGCAGAGGGGUUCUGCGUGUCUACGUCGAACUCAAAUUCUCUGUGCGCGAUUGUGCUAGCAUUCCCAACAUCCCCGGCUCCUGCAAGGAGACUUUCAACCUGUUUUAUUAUGAGUCCGACGGAGACACGGCCACGGCGACCAGCCCACCGUGGCGGGAGAAUCCCUACGUGAAGGUGGACACUAUUGCCCCUGACGAGAGUUUCUCUCUGCUAGAGUCAGGGAUUGUCAACACAAAAUUACGCAGCUUUGGCCCCCUUUCCAAAGCUGGAUUCUACCUCGCCUUCCAGGACUUGGGCGCUUGCAUGUCCCUGAUCUCUGCACGGGUUUUUUUCAAGAAGUGCUCUACUACCAUCGCCAGCUUCGCGGUUUUCCCCGAAACGGCGACAGGUGCAGAAGCCACCUCGCUGGUCAUUGCCACUGGCGCAUGCGUGCCGAAUGCUGCCGAGGUCUCGGUCCCUCUUAAGCUCUACUGCAAUGGGGAUGGCGAGUGGAUGGUUCCCGUGGGAUCCUGCACCUGCAUGCCGGGCUUUGAGCCAGCCAAGAAAGACACCCAGUGUCAGGCAUGCACACCCGGCUCCUUCAAGUCCAAGCAGGGCGAAGGUUUCUGCACCCCGUGUCCACCUUUCAGCCGGGCCACGUCCUCGGCGUCCAGCGUGUGCCCGUGUCAGAGCGGCUACUAUCGCGCUGACGGCGACUCUCCUGACUCGCCCUGCACCACCGUCCCCUCAGCCCCUCUCAGCGUGAUCUCCAGCAUAAACGAGACGUCGGUGUCGCUGGAGUGGGCGGAGCCGCGCGACUCGGGCGGCCGAUCCGAUCUCGUGUACAACGUGGUGUGCAAGAAGUGCGAGCACGGCGCCUGCGUGCGCUGCGACGACAACGUAGAAGUCGCGCCGCGCCGCCUGGGCCUCGCCGAGAGGCACGCGGCCGUCAGGAACCUGCAGGCUCACACGCACUACAGCUUCGAGAUCCAGGCCGUGAACGGCGUGUCACCCAAGAGCCCCGUCUCGCCGCGCUACGCCACCGUCAACAUCACCACCAAUCAGGCGGCACCUUCUGCUGUACCCACGGUGCACCUCAUGCGCUCCACAGCGAGCACCCUCAGCCUCUCCUGGCUGCCUCCAGAGAGACCCAACGGCGUCAUCUUAGAUUACGAGAUAAAGUACCAGGAGCCGGGUGAAUCUUUCUCCCACACGGUCACCGCUCAGACCAGCUCAGCAAGAGUGGAGGGGCUGAACAUAGGAACGGUGUACACGGUGCAGGUUCGAGCGCGCACCGUGGCCGGCUACGGCAGCUACAGCCACCCGGUGGACUACAGCACCAGCCUCCAUGACGAUCCGGAGCACUCGGUGCAGGACCAGCUGCCCCUGAUCAUUGGCUCGGCUUUGGCUGGCUUCGUUGUCAUCGUGGCCACGGUGGUCAUCGCUGUCCUCUGUCUCAGGAGACAGCGCACCGGUUCCGAGCUGGAGUACACCGAGAAACUGCAGCAGUACGUGUCCCCCGGUGUGAAAGUCUACAUCGACCCUUUUACUUACGAAGACCCCAACGAGGCGGUGCACGAGUUCGCCAGAGAGAUCGACAUCUCCUGUGUGAAGAUCGAGGAAGUCAUCGGAGCAGGGGAGUUCGGAGAGGUGUGUCGUGGGAGGCUGAAGCAGCCUGGCAGGAAGGAAUCUGCCGUGGCAAUCAAGACUCUGAAAGCUGGGUACACAGAACGCCAGAGACGCGACUUCCUUGCCGAGGCGAGCAUCAUGGGCCAGUUUGACCACCCCAACGUCAUCCACCUGGAGGGGGUGUUGACCAGGAGCUGUCCAGUGCUGAUAGUUACUGAGUUCAUGGAGAACGGAGCUUUGGACUCCUUCCUCAGGCUCAACGAUGGUGGGUUCACGGUGACGCAGCUCGUGGGCAUGCUGCGAGGCAUAGCUGCCGGAAUGAAGUACCUCUCUGACAUGAACUACGUCCACAGAGACUUGGCAGCUCGCAAUGUUCUCGUUAACAGCAACCUGGUGUGCAAAGUCUCCGACUUUGGUCUGUCUCGGUUUCUGGACGAGAACUCGUCCGACCCGACCUACACCAGCUCUCUGGGCGGAAAAAUCCCGAUCCGCUGGACGGCCCCCGAGGCCAUCGCCUUCCGCAAGUUCACCACAGCCAGUGACGUGUGGAGCUACGGCAUCGUCAUGUGGGAGGUGAUGUCGUUUGGAGAGCGACCCUACUGGGACAUGAGCAACCAGGAUGUGAUGAAUGCGGUGGAGCAGGACUACAGGCUCCCCCCGCCGAUGGACUGCCCGGCCGUUCUCCAUCAGCUGAUGCUCGAGUGCUGGCUGAAGGAGCGAAACACGCGACCGCGCUUCGCCCACAUCGUUAGCACGCUGGACAAACUGCUGCGCAACGCCGCCAGCCUCAAAACGCUAACCUCCGCACACUCAGGGGAUCUGUACCGUGUUGGCGGGACCCUGCCUGGCCACCAGAGGAAGAGUUUAGGCAGUGUGCAGGACAUGAGACAAAUGAGCCAAACUCUCCCCAUCCGAGUCUAAAGCAAGUCUGAAUGUGAAACCCUCCCCCUCACCCCCUUACUCCCUCACCCCCAUCCCAAACCCCUGUUCUGAGGAGAAGUUCAUCACUAAUAACACCACGGGAGACUCCGAGAUCGUAAAGAGCAGCAUUACAGAAAUCAUGGAACUCCAUCAAAUCCUGGAGGAAUGUCGGAGAACCUUUGGGCCUGGGCGUCCUAAAACGGGAAUGUACUCCCAGGCUGAACGUGUGUGCGUGCGCAUGUUGUGUAAAUGAACUCGGAUCGCAUUCAAUUCCUCUUUCUUUUUAAUCCACUGGACGAUUCUCUCGCGCAGCUCAAACCCGUGGUUUUUUUUUUUUUACUACUCAGGUUCAGUUUGCAUGCAUGCAUGUUUAACAGCAAAAGUUUCGGAUAAAAAAAAAAAAAAAAAAGGUAACUGUAACACGGCCGACGAUGAAUAAGAACCAGUAGAGGGGGGAAGCAUCUGGUUCGCAUGCUACCGGAUUGCCUUUAGCUUUUCUGCAUUAUUAACGGUAGCGUUCUGGGUGUUCUCGUAAUGAAAUCCUUCCGAGUUUUUUCUUUUUUUCUUUUUCCCCCGGAGGCGAAACAGAGCAAAGAAUUAUAAGAUAAACGAAUAAUAUUUGACGUGAAUUAAAGACUACGAAUUAAUAUGCGAGCCCCGAAAUAGAAAUGAAAGGGUUCUCUGUCGGCCUGAGGACAUUUUCGAUCUUUUUUUUGUUUGUUUUCUUUCUCCGAGCCUUCUCUUUCUGAUCUUCAUAUUGAAGAAAAGAAGGGCACAGAAGAAAAGAAAAGAAAAUUUCCAAAGGAGGAAAAAACAACAAAAACAAUCACGUAAGGAGGUUAAGGAACUUCAUGAACCCUUUGAAGCCGAGCGAAGUCGACUCCUGCGUGACAACGGAAGCGUUUUUUUUUUUUUUUCACCUCUGUUGUAUUUCGUCUUCCACGUUCCAGUAUUACGAUAAAACUCCUCAUGGACUGUGAUCUUAGAAUUACUGUUAACUGUGACUAAGGAGGAUGUUACGGAGUGUGUGUGUGCGUGCGCGUGUGUGCGUGUGUAUACGGUAUGUGUCCAAAUGAGAUUCAUAUGCAUGCUAGAUUUCAGAGCUCUGUGAUUGAUCAUAAUUCGUGAAGAGAAGCAACGCGUGGACUGACGCUUGGACGUCUAACGGCCGUUCCUAUAAAUAUGCAUAAUUCUGUAAAUAAAAAAACCACUCCUCAUA